AUGUCGCCGCCGCAGCCCGCGGGCGGCGGCCACGAGCACUGCUUCCCCUUCCGCGGGGAGCUGGAGGACGACGAGUCGCAGGCCGAGUGGCGCGAGCUCUGCCAGGCUGUCGUCCACGAGGCGCGCGCGAAGCACUACACGUCCGUCGGCGGCGACCUCGCGUCGCUCGUGCACCUCGAGCGCCUCGACGUGUCGGCGAACGAGAUGGACCGCUUCCAGCCCGGGGCCCGGGCCGACGCGCUCCAGAUCCUCCAGGCCUACAGCAACCGCUUCGCGUCGCUCGGCACGCUGCCGAGCCUGCCCGAGGCGCGGUUCCUGGGCUUCGGCUUCAACGAGCUGUCCGCGCUGCCCGCGGAUCUGGGCCGCCGCUGCCCGAACCUGGCGUCCCUGGACCUGGCCUUCAACCACCUCCUGUCCCUCGACGACGUCGUCGCGUGCCUGCGCAAGUGCCGGAAGCUCAAGCAGGUCUUCCUCGCGGGGAACCCCUGCAGCCUGCUCCCGAACUACCGCGUCCGCCUCGUCACGCAGCUCCCGGCGCUGGAGACCAUCGACGACGCCGAGGUCACGGCGGCGGAGCGCGAGGAGUACGUGCUGCCCGAGGGCGGCUUCAAGGAGGACCUCGACGGCUUCGUCACCAUCGAGGUCGCGCUCAAGUCGCUCUCGGGCCUCCCGGCGCCCGAGGGCGCGGACUCGGCGCCGAACUCGCGGCCGGGCACGGGCAAGAAGGACGAGAAGCGCAAGUCCAUCAAGAAGGACAAGAAGAAGGACGACGAGGGCGAGCCCGCCGCGGCGCCGCGGCCCGACCCGGCGAAGGAGGGCUGCUACGUCGACCUCCUCGUCGUCGGCGCGCCGCCGGAGACGAAGGCGCGCACGGCGCGCCUCUUCUGGCGGCCGUCGCCCGUGAACGCGGCGAGGAAGGUCGAGGACGGCGUGCUGCCGCCGCCGCCCGUCGUCGCGAGGCUCCGCGUGCCGGCGACGGUGGAGCUCCGCGACGGCCUCAAGUUCCGGGGCCUGCUCGUGUCCGUGCUCAAGGCGACGCCGCCGACGGCGGAGGCCAUCGCGGACCACGCGGCGGCGGUGAAGGCGAGGGAGGCCGACGGCGACGCGCCGGAGCCCGGCGACGCGCCCGCGGAGCGCUUCGACGUCGUCGCGGCGACGACCGUGCCCCUCCACUCCCUGCUCGAGCCCCAGUUCGGCGCCGACAUCCCGGGCAACAGCGACCGGGAGCAGAUCAAGCUCGUCGAGGCCGCGAAGCUCGACUUCAACGGCGACUUCCUCGCGUCCCUCGAGCCGCCGCCGGAGGACGGCUCCGCGGAGCCGGACAAGAAGAGGCCGAUGCGCCGCGUCGCGUGGGCGGUCCUCGCGGCCGCCGGGGCGGCGGCGCCGCGCGCCGUCGACGUCGCGCGCUACGAGCGGCAGGCGGCGCGCUUCAUGGCGGACGCCGGAGGCGGCCGGCGCCUCGGCGGCGGGUCGCCGUCGGACGGCCCCGCGGACGCCAUCGACCCGAACUGGGAGCUCGUCAAGAAGUCGCUCGAGGGCCUCAUGAUCAAGGAGGUCUGGCUCACGCUGUCGACGAUCGCCUACUACUCGCGGCUGUCGCUGAGCUACCAACUCGACCGCUUCUGCGGCUCGGACGGCCAGGCCAGCGCCUACAAGGCGCUCAUCGCCGAGGGCAUGCUCCCGGCGGCGGCGGGCGCGCGCAUGUCCCAGUGCAACGAGAUCGGCCGCGGCCUCAUCUGGGCCCAGAUCGAGAGCAUCGGGACGGACUACUACUACGUCUGCCUCGUCACGGGCGAGUACUGGGAGUACACGAACACGCUCGGCAACCGCACGGUCUACGGCAGCGCGAACGCCGAAGCCGAGGCCUCGGACUUCCACGCGGCCUGCGCGGCCGCCUGCGCGGCGGCGAACGUCACCGCGUUCUGCUCGUGCUACUACGAGACGGACGACCUCGGCGCGCCGACGGGCCUGCUCCACGGCGACGGGUACCCGGAGUCCUGGGACUGCCGCGAGUCCACGCUCUACCCGGCGGCCGAGGAAACCGGCGCCUGGUCGCUGCCCGUGUGGGACGAGUGCGUCGGCUGCCCGGACGCGGGGCUCGUCGUCGCCGCGACGCAGAUCUUCGACGAGAACGGCACCGCGGUCGGCGUGGCGGGGUCGGACGUGUCCAUGGACUCCUUCUCCGUGCUCCUGAAGUCCUGGCGCGACGUCUUCGCGCCGCACCACGUCGUCUUCAUCGUCUCCGGCGCGGGCGGGCGCGUCGACCCGGACGGCUACCUCGUCGGCACGUCGGAGAGCGCGCCCGUCGUGGCCUGGGCGAACGGGACCGAGCACGGCAACGGGACCAAGUACCGCGUGCGCGCCGUCGACAGCGCCAGCGCGGUCGUCGCGGACGCGGCGCGGUGGUUCGCGGGCCGCGACUACGAGGACGACCGGCUCUACGUCGUCGGGGGCGCGUUCGUGCGGUCCAUCGCCCUCUACUUCGACGUCUACCAGGGCCCGCUGGACUGGCACAUGGUCUUCGUCCAGGACGUGGCCUGCGCGGGCUUCACGUACGCGGACCCGGGUCUCGGCCGGUGCGAGCCGUGCGAGUGGCCCUACCUCUCGCGGUCCGGCGUCGACUGCGACAUGUGCGUCGCGGGCUACUACUACGUCCCCUGCCAAUCGGGCACGUCCUACGAGCCCGGCGUCGGCUGCGUCGCGUGCGCGGCGGGCGAGGCGUGCCCGCGGGGCGUCACGGACGUCGGCGUCUGCGAACCCUGCCCGGCGCACGCGACGUGCGACGAGGGCGCCGAGGUGGCGACGCUCAACCUGGACCGGGGCCGCUGGCGGCCGCACCGGGGGAGCCUCGACGUCUUCCGCUGCGACGUCCGCGAGGCCUGCGCCGGCGGCGCGAUCCCGGACGGCGGCGGCGCCGGGGAUUUGUGCGGCUCCAAGUACGAGGGGCGGCUCUGCUCGGCCUGCGGCGGCUACCGCUGGAAGACCAUGGCCGGCAAGUGCCGCAACUGCGGCGCCUACGAGGCCAUCGCGUCCAUCGCGCUCUACUUUGUGGGCACCGUCGCCGUCGUCCUGCUCCUCCUGAGCCUGUCCGUGACGGAGCUGCCGGGCCACACGAUGCUCCAGCGGCGGGGGGGCGUCCACGUGAGCCAGCGGCGGGGGCUCGCCGACGGCGCUCCGGCGCCCGACGCGGCACCGCGCGCGGACGACGCGCCGGCGGCGGAACGUCGGACCGCGCGCGCGCCGCGCGCGCUCCGGAAUCUGCUGGCGGUCCUCGCGACGCCGCUGGGGCCGCGGCGGCCCGACAGCCCGGACCGCGUGUCCGCCGCGCGCCUCGAGGAGCUCUACCGCGUCUUCCGGCGGCCCCUGCCGGCGAACGGCCGCGCGGAAAUCGACCGCCGGGCGAACGGCGCGUCGACGGAGGAGCAGCAGCAGCGCGUCCGCGUCAUGCGGCUCACGACGAAGCUCCGGCUCAAGUGGAAGUCGCUCUUCGUGACGAUGCAGAUCUUGGGCACGACGGCCGUCAACGCCUUCUCCUGGCCGCCCAUCUUCGGCACGCUCGUGACCGUCGCGAACGUCCUGAACAAGCCGAGCUUCCUCGGCGCGCUCACGUGCGUCGUCGACCUCACGCCGGGCCGGGUCUCGUUCUACACGGAGUACGUCGCGACGACGCUGGGCCCCAUCGUCGCCGUCGUCGCCUUCGACCUCGGGCUCCGGUUCCUCGCUCCGCCGGCGCACCGGCGCCGGUACAGCUCGACGGCGUUCGCCGUCGUCGUCGUCUACUGCAUCUUCCCGGGCGUCUGCGCGCUCGUCGUGCGCUACUGGAGCUGCCGCACCUUCGACGACGGCGUCUACUACCUCGCCGACGACCUGGCGAUCCGCUGCGGGGGCCGCGCGUACCGGGCCUACGAGGCCUACGCGAUCCUCAUGGUCUUCGUCUGGCCCGUGGGCGCGCCGGCGCUGCUCUACGCGCUGUGCUGGACGCACCGGGGCCGCAUCGACCCCUUCGGGUUCCGCAAGGGCGUCGACCUCGAGCGCGCGGCGCUCCACCUGCUCGUGAGCCCGCGGGAGAUUUUAGACCGCGCGGACGCGAUCCGCGAGAACGACCCCGUCAUCGGGCCGACGCGCAUGAUCUGGAUCCCCUACGAGCCCGAGUUCUGGUACUUCGAGUCCGUGGAGACGAUCCGGCGCAUGGGCUACACCGUCGCGUCGGCCGUGAUCCCCGAGGGCGGCAUGCUCCUCGUCUUCCUCGUCCUGUUGACGUGCGCGUCGCUCAAGGUCUACGGCGGCUACCGGCCCUUCGACGACGAGACGGACAACCUCCUCGCGGAGAACCUGUCCUGGCUGCUGCUGGCCAUCUACCUCAUCGCGCUCGCGUGCGUGCUGCGCGACGACGCGUCGAACGCCGCCGUCGACGCGAUCCUCAACUCGCUCGUCGCGCUCGCGUUCUGCUACGGCAUCGCCGUCGUCGCGGCGGACCUCACGCGGGAAAAAAAGAUCGUCGCGAUCGUCUGGGCCCGCGCGCGGCGCGCGAAGCCCUACGUCGUCGAGCGGCUCCGGCGGGCGCCGCGCGCCGCGCCCGCGGCGGAGCCGCCGCCGCGCGCCGCGCCGCGCGCGAAGCUCGCGCGCGGCUCCGUGGAGCUGGGAUCGACGGCGUACCUCCGGGGCGCCAAGUCCGACGAGCCCGCGGCGCCGGGCCUCGCGCGGCCCGCGCUCCGCUCGGAGACGUCGGAGUUCCUGGGCACGGCGAACCCGCUCAACAGGCACGUGCACCGCGUCGCGGCGCUCAAGGCGACGGCGUCCCGGCUCUUCCCGCGGCCCGACGCGCCGGGCGCGGCGCCCGCGGCGCUGCCCGAGCUCGCCGAGGAGGAGGAUUCGCGCACGAAACGCUUCUAUCUGGAGGAGGUCGUGCGCGCGAAGCUCGCCGAGGUCGAGGGCCUCAACGCGAAGCACGCCUCCGGGCAGGACAGCGACGUGCGGUCGCGGCUCGCCUUCGGCGCCACGAAGGGCAACACGCGCUUCAGCGCCGCGCUGCGGCGCACGCUCGACGACGGGUCGCGCCAGCUCUCCGUCGUCGCCGACGUCAAGCGCCGGUCGCCGCACGGCGGCCGCGACGGCGGCGGCGCGACGCUCGCGUCGUUCUCGGACGCGGGCAAGGUCUGCGAGGAGCUGGCGAAUUGGCCCGUGGACGCGCUGUCGGUCUGCGCCGACGGCCCGGCCUACGGCGGCGCGCUCGAGGACGUCGCCGCCGCGCGGCGCGCCGUGGCGGGCCUCGGCGACGCGCGGCCGCCGAUCCUCUUCAAGGACUUUGUGGUCGACCCGAUCCAGAUCGCGCUGGCCGCGGAGCUCGGCGCCGACGCCGUGCUGCUGUCGACGACGGUGCUCGGCGGGCGCCUCGUGGACCUCCUCGACAUCGCGACCGUCUGCGGCGUCGAGUGCGCCGUCGAGGUCCACACGCCGAACGAGUGCCAGUUCGCGCUGCACGCGGGCGCGACGCUCCUCGUCUGCACGAACGUGGACCGCACGACGGGCGUCAACCACGACAACCAGGCCCUGGGGCUCAAGGGCCUCAUCCCGCCGAACGUCGUCGCGCUCGCCGCGGCCGCGGCGACGGACGCGCCGUCGGCGCGCGCGCUCGCGGCCGCGGGCUACGACGGCGUCCUCCUCGGCCGCCGGCUCCUCGCGGACCCGAGCGGCGCGAAGCGCCUCGUCGCGCAGAUCCGCGACAUCGCCGUCGCGCCCGCGGACAUGCUCGCGUACGGCGGCUAA